AGGGCAGCUUUAUUUCAUUGGAUCAUGAGGUCUAUCUCUAUAAGAUACAUCAGGACUUAUUGGCCUUUUUGAUUUUUAUCUCUUGGAUGGUUUCGCUUAAAUUUCUGAAUUUUAAUCCAGUGUUGAGAACAAUUGGUCAUGCUUUAAAAAUGGCUGCAGCAGAUUUGGCUGCAUUUACCGUUAUGAUUUUCAUCACAAUAACGGCAUUUGGAAAAUUAGGUGUAUUUUUAUUCGGUGGCUCAAAUGAAAAUUUCAAAGAUUUAUCCACUGCCUUUUUAACUAUGGUGCGCAUAAUAUUCAGAGAUUUCGACUACUUUGAACUGGAGGAUGUAUUCUAUUUUCUUGGUCCCGUAUUCUUCUUAACAUACGUAAUGUUAAUAUUUUUUGUACUACUGAAUAUGUUCCUUGCUGUCAUUAUAUUAUCUUUCAGAACAGCUACAAAGACGGUGACCUACAAGCCCAACUUUUUUUGGUACUACAUCAAAAGGCAACUGUACAGAGUGACUAACGGUUUAUUAAACGCACCCAAGUAUCCAAAAAUUAGAGAUGGAAUCGCUUUGAAUCAGCAGCUGAACGCCAAAAAACUACGGGAAUUACGUCUUAUCAGAAAUUAUAAGGAAUCGGAGGAGCAUCUAGAUAUUUUACUCUCGCGCUUGGAUCUAAUUGAAAAUAUUUUCUACCGUCUCACACAUAAUAUGGACGAUUUAAUAGAAAAAGCCAAACAUUAUAACAAAAAUGUUAAGCCAGCAAAAUAAACCCCAUUAUUGUUUA